ACAACACCAAGCAGCAACCGGAGAGCUUAAAAGCUCCGGCCAUUGUUUUGUUUUCCACCGGGAUGGUGAGAACGGUGUAGAGCGCAUGCGCCUCAUUUCAGUUCCGCUUGCUUUAUCGAUUUGCCUGACGUUGGUGCUCACACCUUCAGCAUAAGUGCGACAUUGCGGUCAUAUUGUUCGGAGUUCCGUACAAGCGCAUCGCAUCCCAAGUAUCCCAAUUGUUGCCCAGACUGCUGGUGCUGGUGCUGUGUUCUGAUCAGUGUUCAGUGCUUUCGAAAAGGAUUCAACAAUGGUACGCUUUGAAUACUGGGUGCCACAAGCAUUAUUCGUUCACUAAAUUGAAGGUGUAACAAAACUCGGUACCGUGGUGAGACGUUAGUGUCGACGUUUGCUAAAAAAACACACAUCGUAGGACAACUCCUUUCAAGCGAUUGUGUAGGCGCGCGCGUGCGUUUAUUUCCUCCGUGUCCGCGUGUGAGUGUGUUUGUGCGUUGGAGGGUGUUUUUGUGUGCUUCAGUGUGCCCGGAAGAGAUCCCACUGCUGGCUGGAUUUUUAAGCAAAUUGUGUAAUCUCUGCCUGUAAGUUCAGUGAAGUGUCUCCGUGUGUCUGUGUGGGUGGAGUUCGUAUUCCUGUCUGAAUCCUGUCUCAGGUCGGCAAAACGGUGGAGUCCGGAAUCAUCAACAAGAUGGGCGACCACGGCCCGGACAUGAACACGCUGGAAACUGAUUACGUUGUGCUCAUUUCAGUGGUGCCAGCCGUGCUCGGGCUAACCGCAGCCGCCAUACUGGCGGUGACGGCCUGCUUCUGUGCCCGGCGCUUCCGCCGCCAGCACAAGAAGGCGGGCCACGAGGCGUCCUCGCUGCCGUUCCAGCCACCGCGGCCGCCGAAAGCGGUCCGCUCGCCGAGCGGCCAGCCACCCCAGUAUCUGAAGAAAUCACCGUCGCCGACCAGCAUCAAGCCGCUACCGGGCCACCUGCCCGCCCAGUCACCGACCGACCAGACGACGGCCGCCGGCGGAACGGCCACAGCAACGACGACGACCACGCUGGCCACGACCACCACCACCACCAGCAUCGUGCCACCGACCAAGUACACGGAGGAGAACGAACUGAUACCGAAGAAUGCGCAGCUGGAACCGAAAUCACCGGACGUGUCGGAGCUGGGCGAUCCGAGCUCGUGCGAGAACGGGGACGGCACCGAGCACGGCAAGCUCGGUACGAUCGUGUUCAAGCUACGCUUUCUGGCCGACCGGAGCGCGCUGGUCGUGUCGGUGGUGCGAUGCCGCGGUCUGCCCGGCAAGAACCACGGUACGGCGGCGGCAGAACUGAGCACGAUCGGGGGCGGCACGAUGCUGUGCAAUGGGAGCGCCAACGGCAAGCAGACGGCCACCGAUCCGUACGUGAAGCUGCAGCUGCUGCCCGACAAGCAGCACAAGGUGAAAACUCGAGUGCUACGCAACACGCGCAACCCGGUGUAUGAUGAGGACUUUACCUUCUACGGACUGACGCUGAGCGAGCUGGCCGGCAUGUCGCUGCACUUCGUGGUGCUGAGCUUCGACCGCUACAGCCGGGACGACGUAAUUGGUGAGGUCGUCUGCCCGCUGUCCGGUAUCGAUCUGCAGCAGAUCGAGAACCAGCAGGUAGCGCUCAGCCGCGAGAUUCAGCCGCGCAGUCUGAAGAUCCGGGCGCAGGGCCGCGGCGAGCUGCUGAUUUCGCUCUGCUGGCAGCCGGCCGCCGCCCGGUUGACCGUCGUACUGCUGAAGGCACGCAACCUCCCGCGCAUGGAUGUGACCGGGCUGGCCGACCCGUACGUCAAGAUCUACCUGCUGUACAAUGGGCAGCGCAUCGCGAAGAAGAAGACGCACGUGAAGAAGCGCACGCUCAGCCCGGUGUUUAACGAAAGCUUCGCGUUCGACAUACCGACGACCGAGGGGGCCGGCGGUGCCACGCUGGACGGUGUUUCGCUCGAGCUGAUGCUGCUGGACUGGGACCGGGUCACCAAGAACGAGGUGAUCGGGCGCCUCGAGCUGGGCGGUCCGCGCAGCAACGGUUCCGCCCUGAACCACUGGAAGGAGGUGUGCAACUCACCGCGCCGUCAGAUUGCCGAUUGGCACAAGCUGCGGGAAUAGGUGGCCAGCGGCCGCUAUGAGCAUGCAAAAGGCAGCGGACAGUUGCCGCAAACAGUCAUCUUGUUUCCGUAAAACACUCUUCGAUCCACCUUGUUAUAUGGCUUUGACCAGGCCCUCUCUUCCCCCCCCCCCCAAUGACUAAAUGUGACCCCUGAAAUGAACUGAGCAUUCUUGAGCAGAUGAUAGACAAUGUGUAGAAGCAUCAUGCUAUGCCCUUAUUCACAACAACUCAUCAUACCAGGCACGUUUGUUGCGGCAAACAUAUGAAUCACGUCAAAUUAACACAUUUCAUCUGGUUACGAAUCUACACCCCUACAGUAGCUAUGAAGCCAACUCUCUGUGCAUCUGUAGUUUGUAGCGCCAGGCUUUCUGCGUGGAGGUUCUAGUGCAUCCACAUCACACCACCACCAUCAAUUUUUAUCACUAGGAAGAAGCUUAGAAAUGGAGAUGGAUACAACGGGACAGAGAUUUAUCGAUAUACAUAUAUACAAGCCAACAGACACCUUCUAUAUCCGAUGCCGAUGCACGUAUAUCCAUGCUGAGGGGCAUACAUCUAAAGUACAGGAAUCUCUAUUUCCGUGGUCUUGCUGAGAUCUUGCUGAGUACAACUGAACAAGAAGCUGAAUUUGCACCCACUUUUCCGAACCAAUCACUCUCCUCGCUUCUGGCGAGAAAAAAGGGGGUUAGCAACAUUAGACACGAGCGACAUAACAUUGAUCGAAUCCAAUGCACACCGAUUGCGUCCAGCGAUGCAUCAUCACUUGCACCCGUAGCUACUACGUUCACGUGUGCUUCUGUGUAGUUCUUGCACUUGGCGCAGUAGUGUUGUGAAGCAAAGAGCGAGAGAACGGGGAGAGAAAGCCACGCUACUACUAAAUAGGCAUAAUAUUUUGGAAACUACAAACACACCCACUCAACAUAUAUUUACUCGCUACGCGUAGAUGAUGAUAGACAGUAACAACAGGCAAACAUAAGCAAGCAAAUAUGCAAAAAAAAAAGAAAGAAACAGAAACAAGCCCCUAUAAAGCUGCCCCAUAGAGGCGUAUGCUGCCCGGCUAUUGGUCAAUAUUUAGUGGUAGACUCUACGCUGAUCCCAUCCUGUCCUAGGUCCUAGGCAUAACAGGUUAUGUGAACGAAUGGUUCUUUAUGAAAGAGCCCAAGCAAGGACACCAUUAGCGUUAGUGGGAUGUGUAUGAGUGUGUGUGUGUGGGGGUUGCUGGAGCGGUGGAAAUGGUUGAUGAAACCGCGCUUAUGUAUGUAUUAUGAUACGAGAAAGGGGAAAGGAUAGGGCCCAUAGGGACGGGGAUUUGAUGAUAAACGAUGGUCUAAGUAAGUGUAGAUGUUAGUAACCGCCAGUAAUUAGAACUUUUUUAGUACUUACACAGGAACCAUCCGUUGGACGGGUCCUGGUUGUGUUCCUUAUGCCAUAGAGUAAUGCUUCAGUGAUUUUUUUUUGUUUUUACAUAGUCGGUAGUACCUUCACGUUAGUUACCACAAAGCUAAGCAGACAAAACAAGUAUGUUAAACCUCCCCACCCCAGUUCAUAUUCUGCUAAGACCCCGUAACGGUACUCUGGUGCCGUUGUACAUAUUCUGGUAUUGUUCAACCGACUCCAAGAGAUUAUUUCUUUGUCGUUUUUUUUUUGUUUAAGCAUAGACUUUAAACAUUCCAUUUCUUUGAUCCAAUAUAAUACUACCCCUUUGGUAAGCGCAAAUCAAACAACGUAGAAUAUGCUGUGAAUAUCGUAGUGCGUUAGUGAUUAUUUUAUGGCUGUAGCUUUUCUGGAACCGGCUGUUAGGCUGUUCCGGCUGCGAGGGACGAAAUUGCAUGCGCAAGAAUGUGGCCCCAGCAGGAUGGUGCAGAUAUUUGUGGCAAUGAUGAGUCUCAAUUUAAGGUAGCAGUAAUUUCAGUUUACAGUCCAAUGAUGUAAUUGGGUGUUUACCCGUUUGCUAGCGAGCGACGAUUCAAAACCAGGCCCAACGGAAGCUACCCCUAUGGACGAUUGUACGUACAAUUCGACGGUAUCGCGCAGGAGCUGUAUGAUCUGUUUGCUUUAUUGCGUUGUUUUAGUAGCUUAAGAGAUUGGGACACUAUUAUAUUGACAUGCGAGAAAGCAAACAACAGCAACCAACAACAA